GGUCACUCAGUCCUGAGAUGUGAGCGCGCAGUGAGCUCGGCUUGGUGGGCGUCCGUCUCACUCGUGAAGCUCGGGGAACUCAAGGCCCACAACGCCGCCACCGCCACCGCCGCUUCUUCGCCGUUGGCUUCUCCUCUUGGUGUAAAAUGAGGUCGGGCGCGGGCUGCAGCCGCUGGAUUGUCCUGUUGUCACUUCUGGAGUCUGCGCGGGCCACCUACUCGGAGGACCAGUGCAGCUGGAGGGGGAGCGGCCUGUCUCAGCAGGCUGGCAGCGUGGAGCAGAUAGCGCUGCACUGCGCAGAGGGCUCACUGGACUGGCUCUACCCGAAGGGGGCGCUGCGGCUCAGCUUGUCCCCACGUUUGCCCUCUGGGGCAGUGGGGCCGGGUGGCGCCGGGCGCAACUCAGAGCACAUCACUGCCUGCAUCAAGCCGGCCGAGACGUUUCGGGGGGCGCAGAUCUACUUAGAGCGGGACGGCAUCCUGGAGCUGCUGGUGCCCGACCGCCUGGACGGCCCUCGCCCCCCCCGGGUGCACUGCUUCAGCCGGCAGCCGGGCGAGAAGGUCGCCCUCUUCUUGCAGGCCACUCCUCACCAGGACAUCAGCCGGAGGAUUGCCGCCUUCCGCUACGAGCUGCGUGGGCACUGGAAUACGCGGCUGUCUGUCGACACGGACACCGUCCAUUAUGAAGGGGCCUGCCGGCCAUGCAAUGACACCGAGGUCCUGAUGGCCGUCUGCACCAGCGACUUUGUGGUCCGAGGGAACAUCCGCUCCGUGUCCAACGACAUCGACCUGCACGUGUCCAUCAUCAGAGUGAGUGCCUCGCGGAUCUUCCGGCAGAAGUACGCUCUGUUCUCCAACGGGGGGCGCCUGAGCAGGGCCGGGGAGAUUCGGACCCUCCUGCAGUGUGGCGUCAAGCCGGGACCAGGCAGCUUCCUCUUCACGGGCCGAGUCCACUUUGGGGAGGCCUGGCUGGGGUGCGCGCCACGCUUCAAGGAUUUCCGGCAGGCCUAUGAGGACGCCAGGGAUGCCAGGGAGCUUCCCUGUGAGCUGGCACUGGACUGAAGGGUGACUCUUCUGGGUGGACAGUACUGAGAGCUGACCCCACCAUAGGUGGGCCAAAUACUUUUGGAAGGCUUUGGCCACCCCACACUCCAAGCGUCCGCCCUGCCUGGUGCCCACCCAGCUGCUUGGUUGAACCUUUGUGUCGUAUUCUUUUACAUUUGCACUGCUUCAGUGUGGAGGACAGAAAUGGGAAGCAACAGAGCAGUGAAGUUGAAGGAGGUGGAAAUGCCAAAGCUUUGGCGCAGCAUUAUGUGGGGGCUCGGGUGGCACCGGUGCCCACCUUCAGACAUAUGCUUGUCUACAGAUGUUCUGUGCCCACUGGCUGAGUCUUUUCUGGCGCUACAUACAGUUGGCUCCAUGCGGUGACUCAAUCUUUGCUGUAUAUAGCGCCUUUCAUCUCGAAAGGACAGGUGACAAGUCCUCACGAGCAGCUCAUGGACUUUGGGGUGAACAGGACAGGUUGGCAUGGCGUAGGGGGCAAUAUGAAGCUGACCUAUCGACCCACUGCCUGUUGGACUUUCCUCAUGGACAGAGUACAGCUGAGGGGGUCUGGGCAUCAGGGGGCAUCAUGGCAGUCCCCUCCCCCACUAGGGGUCUGAAAACCAAAAAGUGCACCAAAUGGGGGCCUCGGCCAAUGGGGCCACCAAGACGUGGCACUCGGAAUUGAGGGGAUUUUUAAGGUAAUUUAAGGUUAAGGAAAUUGUAUGUGUGUGUGUGUGUGUGUGUGUGUGUGUGUGAGAGGACACAAUAAGAAUAAUAAGAAAAAGAAGAAGAAUAAUAUAUGAGGCGCCGGCUCGGCGUUUAUCUCGCUGAAGCCCACGGCGGCGGCUGGCAGACUGGCACGGCUCUUGGCGUUUGCCCGCCCAGCUGUCCGCUGCAGGCAUUCUGCUUUUGUUUUUUUGUCGUUUCAUUCAAAUGCACUAUUUUGUAUUAUUUUCUAUUUUGUGUUAAGACCUGAGAUACCAAAUAAAAGAUGAAAGCUUCUCACUGCCACGGUCCGAUCGGCCCCCUCGCCCACCACGGGCUGAGCUCAAGGGGGCCGUGAGAAACGUCACGACGCGUCAAAUAAAACGUCAAACAAACGCUG